AUGGUUUCAACGAGAAUGCAUUCAAAGUUAACAAAAAUUAAAUCACUCUCCGAUGAGCCAUUAAUGUCAACCGCAUCUGUUACCACUGCUAUCGAUGAUACUACAAUCAAUUUUCAACGCUUUCCAUCAUCGAUAAUUGUGGAAGGUCAUUCGGAGAUAACCCUGAAAAGUCAUCAAUAUGCAGCACAAACAACAACAACAACAACAACAACAUCAACAACAUCAACAUCAACAUCAACAACAACAACAAGGACAAUAAUAAAUCCGUGGUUAAGUGAAAACAAUUACCAUUUUGGAGAUGUUUUUUCAAAAAAUAAAUUACACCAUGAAAAUCUUUCAAUACAUGGAAAUGAUAUGAGGCAUUCAAAAUCAGAAAUUUUUGUUCCAAAUGAGCACAAUGAAAUAAAAUCUAAAAUAAUCGUAGCACCAAAAGCGAUUAUUCAUUAUGAACAUCUGCCUAAACCAUUAUCACAGACACGGAGUGCAUUUCAAAUUUCACUACAAUCAUCUGUGUCACCAUCAUUAUCAUCAUCAACAUCAUCAACAACAUCAUCGAUAACAACAACAACAACAACAACAGCAACAGCAACAGCAACAUCGUCAUCAAUAUCAUCAUCAACAUUAGCAGUAUCAUCAUUAUCAUCAUCAUCAUCAGCAGCAUCAUCACAUGAAGAGAAUGAAAAUCAUCAAAAGUCUAAAAAGUUAAUUGCAGAAAUGUACAGUGCGAUAGAAAGACGAAUUCCAUUAAAAAAAAAUAUGGAAAAUAUGAGAAAUUUUUACGAUACCGAGCAUAAUGUACAAUUUAAAUAUUAUCCUGAUCAAAGCAAAAAUACCAAUAUGAUCAAUACUUUCUCUUGUCCACAAAAAUUUUUUAAACGAAAUAUCAAACGACAAGCAUCAUUCUUAGCUGCUGUUUCAGCGAAUAAUUCUCAUCGUUGUAAAGAAAUACGAUCCAUUUCCACCUCUGAUUUACAAUCAGAUGUAAACUCUUCAAUGGAAUCUCUUAAAUGGCAGAAUGCUGAUAAUAUCACUCAUUUAACUCCAUAUCACACCAGUACAAUGAUAAGAUCAAAUGAACCACCUCUAGUACCAUCAUCCAAACAUACUUCUUCAUUCAGCAAUGAAUUCAAAAAUUAUUCUAAUAUUUCAAAGCAUUCAUCAUACUAUUUUUCGCCAGAAAAUAAUUUCCGGAAUGGUAUUCGAUGUAAUAAUUCAUUGGAACGGAAAGAGCAAAAUGUUAAAAAAUUAUUUUUAAAUAUUCCAAAAAUUUCAUCAUCUGAUACUGCUUCAAAUAUGCGACGACAAUAUCAGAGUGAUAAUGAAAGCAAAAAUUCAACUUCAACAAAGCUAACAAAUUUAAUGAAUAAAUCAAUGAUUGAUAACAUAUCAGUGUUAAGCGGCAAUUCCUUUAAAAUUAAUCCUACUGCAAGCGCAACUGAUCGCAGUGAUGGCGUAAAAUGUGCACCAACAAAUUUUUCAAUCAAAAAACAAUUUUCUUCUACUAAUCAAAGCUCAACACUUUUGCAUGUGAAUGCAAAUUUGUUGCCUACGACAAGAACAGAAAAUACAGAUUAUCUUAUUAAAAAUCAUCUUCCGCAAUCAAAAUCUAUGGAAAUAUUCACAAAAUAUGGAUUGUCACAUCUGUUCAACGAUACCUGUAAUAAUUUCAAUGAAUCUCGAUGUCAUCGAAAUCGACGACGACCCAAAUCAUACGUAAUGGCUACCAGUUCCGGUUCAGCAUUAUCAGCUAGUGAUGAUUCAGUUGUAAUCCAAAAUGCAUCAUCAUCACCUGAUAUCAAGCGUGUGUUAUCAUCAGAGGUAUUACAUGAUAGUAGUUGUGGUGGUGAUUGCUUAUCAUUAUCAUCACCAGUACUUGCCAAAACAACAUCAUCAAUAUUUUAUGCUCCAAAUCAUAGCGCUUCAACAAGCGUUCAUAUACCAGCAACCACGCAUCGCAUUCAACGCUUUAUCAGUUUUUUUUCUUCCAGUGAUACACAGUCGAAACAUUGUGAAACGACAAUCUCACCUACUACUACUGUACGAUUUCCAUCACGUCGUCGUCUAAAACGCUCAACGACAGCGACAACAGCGCCGAUUAGUACAUCCUUAUUAGCUACACCGAUACGUCUAGGUGAUGUUCAAAAACAGGGCCAACUUAUGCAUCAAGAAGUGGCCAUGGGUGAAUCACUAAAAAAUGACCGACACAAGUGGACAGUGUAUUGGGCAGUACUUCAUGGUACUAAAUUAUAUCUUUGCUGUCAACUAAGCUCACAUAUCAAUGACGAAACGCAUGAAAAAUUAUUGAAUAUUCCAUCGGAUGCUCGUGAAAUUGAUCUGAAAUCAGCUAUCAUUGAUAUAGCAUAUGAAUAUUGCCGCCUAAAAGAUAACAAAAAAGCGCACAUAUUUCGUGUGAUAACUCAACAACAAACUGAACAUCAUUUCCAGGCUUAUUGUGAAGAUGAUAUGUUAAAAUGGAUUGAAAUUAUUCGUUUUGCUUCUGCUAAUUUAAUUAGCUCACAAAGUGACCAUGGCACUAUUUCUGCGGCUUCUACAAAAGGUAUUGCUGAAGAAGUACCAUCGAAUAAUUCCUCAAUUGAUUCAAAAUUAGAAUUAAAUAAUUCGAAAUUUUUAAACAAAUUUCAACAAGAUCAUCAUCAUCAUCAUCAUCAUCAUCAUCACCAUCAUCAACAACAACAACAACAACAACAGUCUUUAACUAGUCGUUGUAGUCGAUUUCAUACAGUUAAUGAAUAUGAAUCACAAGGAAUAGACGAAGGUCAAUCAUCACUAAUCAAUAGUUCACGAAAUGAUCAAACUCAGUUAUCAUCCAGAUGUAUUCCAGUCACGGUGAAAUGUUGUGGUACGAAUGAUUCUAAUAAUAGCAUUUCCGGUGCAAAUCAGGUUACCGGUGAUGCUACAACUAAAUUAAUUAUGCAAAGGUAUAAAAUUAAAUCAUCACAUUAUCCAUCACCAGGUAUUAAUAAACGAUAUUGUUCUGCUGCACCAUCUAUGGAUCAUAAUUUACAACCGGGAACCUCUGUUGAUUCAGGAUCCGGUUACAGUGAAGGAACUGUAGCAACUAAUGAUGAUCAAACGAUCAAUACAUCAACACCAAAAACUAUUCGUAAGUGGAAAAAAACAAAAACAAUAAAACAACAAUGUUCAACUAGUCGAUCUGAUCAACAACCACCUCAACAUUCAUCUGCAUUAGGUCAAAAAAUUGUUGAUUAUCCUACAAGUGGUAGUGGUGAUAUGGUACCAUUAAUUAUUAGAUUAUGUGUAAAAGUAGUAGAAGCAAAUGGUAUGGAUACGGUUGGCAUUUAUCGAAUUCCGGGUAAUACGGCUGCUGUGAAUGCUUUGAAAGAAACACUUAAUAGUGGUUUUGCAAAUAUCGAUUUUACGGAUUCAAGAUGGAAUGAUGUAAAUGUUGUAAGUAGCCUAUUAAAAAUGUUCUUGCGUAAAUUACCGGAACCGUUGCUAACAGAUAAAUUAUAUCCAUUUUUUAUUGAUGCAAAUCGAAUUGCUUCACAUCCACAACGAUUACGCAAACUUCGUUAUUUAACUCGUAAACUUCCUUCUGCUCAUUAUCAAACAUUGAAAUAUUUAAUGGAACAUUUAAGAGCGGUAGUUGAACACAGCGAUGUUAAUAAGAUGGAAACGCGUAAUUUAGCAUUGAUGUUUGGUCCAUCAAUUGUAAGGCCAAGUGAUGACAAUAUGGCUACCAUGGUGACACAUAUGUCUGAUCAAUGCAAAAUUAUUGAAACAUUCAUUACAUAUUGUGAUUGGAUGUUUGAUGAUAAUAUUACGAUGGAUGAUGAAGUACCACCACAAAUUUUCACAUCAAAUGAUUCUGCUACUGGUAGUAAUGUUGCAACUGGUAAUAGUGAAAAUGAAUGCAGUAUUACUACUUCAUCAUUUAAUGAUAUGCAUAAUUUAAUUAGACGUGUUAAUGAGGCUGAAGCUAUUGCUUUAAUGGAUGCACAAAAAAGUGGAAAGAUAAAACAGAUUUUAAAUGUGCGACGCAAUUCGAAACGUGAAAAACGAAAGAAACUACGUGAUCAUUCAAUUCAUGCUCCAAGUAUUUCAUCCACGCAAAAUAUAAGUAAAGUUACGAGAGUAAUGGAUAGUACUGCUAAUACAUCCGAACAUUCAGUUACAGGAGUUUAUCAGGAACGUGAUAUCGACGCUGAAAUAGCGUCACGUCAACAGCAAACUCUAGGCAAGUGCACGCAGCAGUACGCUGGUACCAGUUCAUCAGCUGAUCAUUCGCCUUCGCUUGGUUCGUCGCAUGAUUCGACAUGUCAUACAGUGACGUCUCCCUUCAAUUUAUGCGAAAUAAAAGAUGAAAGUGCGGGAAAUGUACUGAAUUGUACGGAAGCAGAUGAAAUGAGACGUCGAAGACAAAAGGAAAUUUGUUCUGCACGACGAAUUUUUAUUGCUGGUACAGAUGCUGAUCUAGAUGAUACGGAUGCUGAUUUGGAUGAACUUGUUAAUCAUUCUCGUCAUCUUAAUUUAGCAUCGUUACCAACGCUUGAUGUAUUAAGCGCUGAAACACGUGAAAAAAUUCGACGUUUACAACAACUUCAAGGAUGGGCAUCUACUGCACUUGAAAGACGUGAAAUUGAAAUGGGAAUGAAAACGAAGCAUUGUCUUCCACAAAAGAUUCAUGACGAAAAACCACCACCACCACCACCACCACCAGCAGCACCAGCAGCAGUACAACCACAACCGCCAUCAUCACAAUCAGUAUCAAUGAAGACAACAACAGCAGAAGAAUUUUCAUCCACAGAUGCUUUAUCAUUAACAUCUGAUUACAGCACGACAUCAUCUGCACCUUUAACUAUACCUGUGACAAUUUCUUGCAUUGAUCAUUUGGCUGCUGCAAGUAGUGAUUAUGCGUCCAGUGAUUUGUCACCAUAUACACGUAAUGCUAGUGCAUCACCGAGACAUCCUGAUUUAGAAGCUGCAGAAGUAACACAACUUAAUUUUUCCUCCGGUAUUUCUGAUCAUUUUAAACGAUCUCAUCAAGGAAUGCAAUCAUCCACUAGCGAAGAUUGCUGUAGUGGUUCCAGGGAUCAGGAAGAUGUAAUGCUUGGAAUACCUUUAUCAUGUCAAUAUUUGCUUAUCACUGAGACGAAACGUUCAGAAAGUCAGCCAAAGCUUCAUCGAUCUCAUAUGACAGUUUCGGAAUCUGAAAUGGUAGAUGCUAUGCCGAUUCCGGUAGCUCAGUAUUGUGAGAAAGUUCCAUCUAUUGAUGGAUCUAAAAUGAAAACACAUGUUAAAAUGAGUGAUCGACGAGAGUUAUGGAGGAGACAUACACUCAGUGAUAUGGAUAUCAUUCGUAAGAGUUUAAAAGAAGAAAUGAAACGUAAAAGCAGUGCAUCAAUAACCUCACAAACCGGAAAUACACAUUCAAAUAUUGGUAUUAAAGUAAAUAAAUUUGCUGAAUUGAUGAAGAAUUCCUCAACUGUAUUUGUAAAUGAUGGUACCAAUGAAGGUGAAAGAGUUGAAAUUAGAAAUAAUAGUAUCACUUGUGGUACCAAUAAAAAACCUAUAACUAAGAUGACAUUAUCAACAAUACCAAAGAUUGUUAGAUCAACAGAUGGUAGUAUUUCAUCGUCAAUUGGAUCAAAUGGUGACAUGACAUCACCAAGUGAAGUUUUACCUUCUUCGGGUGAUGAACAAUUAUGA